GCAAAGACAGAAUACAAAAUAAUUGCACUAGUGCUCAGGGUCGACCAGGUUUGCUGCACAGGGGUCAAGUGCGCAAUAAUUCCCUCAGUCCCCGCAGUGUCCACCCAGGUGGCCUCCCUAGAUUACCUAGACAAAUUUUACACCCACUUUGUUUUUCAUUAUUCCCUGCCUAUUUUUGUUUUCCUCUUCACCCCCCUCCCUUCGGGGAUCAGCUGGUCCCCCUUUUAAUCCAGCCACAGCCAGCCAGCCAUCGUCGUGACGAUGGCUGACGACGGAAACGAGGCGCCCGAGGGCGAGAUUGACGAGUCUCUGUAUUCUCGUCAAAUCUUCGUCCUGGGCAAAGAAGCCAUGAUGCGAAUGGCAGUGGCCAAUGUCUGCAUUUCCGGCAUGGGCGGACUCGGCGUCGAGAUUGCCAAAAACGUGUGUUUGGCUGGCGUGAAAACCGUCACGUUGCACGACGAGAAACCCGUGACCUGGUACGACCUCAACUCGCAGUUUUACGUCAAGGAGAACCAAGUGGGCAAGAAUCGGGCCGAGAGUUGCUUGGGUCUCGUGUCCGAGCUCAACACGUACGUGCCAACAACUGCCAAUACUUCGCCAAUCGACGAGGCGUUCAUCAAGAAAUUCCGCGUCAUGUGUCUCUCUGACAACUCGUUCGACGAACAAGUGCGAGUGGGGAAAGUUUGUAGGGAAAACAAGGUCAUUUUUAUCGCGGCGGAAACCAAGGGAGCCUUCGGCAAGGUCUUUUUUGACGGUGGAGAAGAUUUUGAAUGCGUUGACCAGAAUGGAGAAGCUCCUCUGAUUGCUCCAGUCAUUAGUAUUUCCAAAGCUGCCGAGGGCAUGGUUACGUGUCCAGAUGAUAAUCGACACGGUUUCGAGACCGGAGAUCACGUGGCUUUCACUGAAAUCAAGGGUAUGACUGAAAUCAAUGACCGUGACCCAAUGCCCAUCAAGGUCACUGGCCCAUUCACAUUCACGAUUGGUGACACCACAGGGUUUAGUGAUUAUGACGGACCUGGGGGAACUGUUUCGCAGGUGAAAGUGCCAGUGAAACUGAGUUACUUGAGCUACGAUGACGCUCUUGUCAACCCCGAGCACAUGAUCUCCGACUUUGCCAAAAUGGACCGCAUGAACCAACUGCAUUUGGCGUUUCAAUCCAUUCACAAGUACGAGGCUGACAAGGGCCAGUUGCCAAGACCUUACAAUCGUGCUGAUGCCGAGGAAUUCCUCGGCAUGGUCAAUGCAUUGAAUGAUGAACAAACUGGCGGAGCCAAGACGGAAAUUGAUGCUCAGUUGAUCAAGACGUUUUCCUACACGUCCAGGGGUUGCCUGGCUCCCAUCUGCUCGCUUCUUGGCAGCUUCGUUGGUCAAGAGGUCAUGAAGGCGUGUUCUGGAAAGUUCAGUCCUUUGAAACAGUUCUUGUACUUUGAUGCCACUGAGUGUUUGCCUGAUGAUGUCGAGAAGAUCUCUGAAGACUCUGCUGCUCCACAAAACAGCCGAUACGACUCCACCCUGGCCGUGUUCGGCACAGACUUCCAAAACCGAAUUGGCAACGUGCGCUUGUUCGUCGUCGGUUCCGGGGCCAUUGGUUGCGAGCUGCUGAAAAACUACGCCAUGUUGGGCAUCGGAUCCGGGCCCGGGGGCAUGAUCCUCGUCACCGACAUGGACGCCAUUGAAAAGUCCAACCUCAACAGGCAGUUCUUGUUCCGUCCCUGGGACGUCGGCAAGCAAAAGUCCUCCACCUCGGCCCUCGUCGUCAAGACCAUGAACCCGCAGAUUCGCAUCAUGUCUCACCAGAACCGAGUCGGCAAGGACACUGAGGGCAUCUACAACGAGUACUUCUUCAGCCGACUCACGUGCGUCACCAAUGCCCUGGACAACGUGGAUGCGAGAAAGUACAUGGACUUGCGAUGCGUUUACUUUCGCAAGCCGCUGCUCGAGUCGGGAACCUUGGGUACCAAGGGCAACGUGCAGGUCAUCCUGCCCAAUUUGACCGAGUCCUACGGCUCGUCUCAGGACCCGCCGGAAAAGUCCAUUCCCAUGUGCACCCUCAAAAACUUCCCCAAUGCCAUUGAGCACACUUUACAAUGGGCCAGGGAUCUUUUCGAGGGCACCUUCACGACCGGGCCUCAAGACGCGGAUUCUUACAUCAAUGACCCCGAAUUCAUGGAACGGACUCUCAAAUUGCCCGGCAGUCAGCCCAUGGACAUUUUGGAGAAGGUCAAGUCUCACUUGGUGGAUGACAAGCCAAGCAACUUUGAGGACUGCAUCGCUUGGGCCAGGCUGUUCUGGGAAGAGCUCUUCGUGAAUGUCAUCAAGCAACUCUUGCACACUUACCCUGCAGACACGACUACGGAAAGUGGGCAGCCGUUUUGGAGCGGUCCGAAACGACUGCCACACGCCUUGUCGUUCGAUUACGACGAGGAAAAGUGUCAAGAAUUCAUCGUGGCUGGUGCCAAUCUCCGCGCUUUGAACUACGGAUUCGGCGAAAACCGCGAUCGGGACUACAUUGGCAAAAUUGCCAAGGGCGUUUCAGUGCCCGUUUUCGUGCCGAAAGAUGAGAAGAAAGAGAAGGAAAAGAAAGAAGGGGAAGAGGAAGAAGAGGAGGAAGAGGAAGAAGAGGAGGAGGAGGAAGAAGAUGGGGCAGGAGAUGAAGCAGCCAUUGCGGAGCUUAGAUCACAAAUCCCAGCACCUUCUGCGCUGAAAAGCUUCAAGAUCAUCCCCGCAGACUUUGAAAAAGAUGACGAUUCCAAUUUCCACAUGGAUUUUAUUGUAGCUGCUAAGGGUAUCGCUGGGAAAAUCAUUCCUGCAAUUGCAACCACCACUUCUCUAGUCUGUGGACUUGUGUGCAUUGAAUUGUACAAGUUGGUUCAGGGUCACAAGAACUUGGAGAGAUUCAAGAACGGUUUCAUCAACUUGGCACUGCCAUUUUUUGGGUUUUCUGAGCCAAUUCCAGCAGAAGUCCACACAUACCACGACAAGAAGUGGACACUGUGGGACAAGUUCGAGGUCAGGGAAGAGAAGGCACCUACAAUGACUGCAUUCAUCUCAUUGUUCAAGCGACAACAUAAACUCGAUGUAACAAUGGUUUCCUACGGCGAGACCAUGUUAUUCGCAGAUUUCAUGCCCGAGGACAAGAUCCGAGAACGUUUAAAUAUGUCAAUGAGAGACCUGGUUGUGCAAGUGGCUGAAGAUGAUAUUCCGCAUUGGAAGAGAGCUUUGGAUUUUGAAGCUGCAGCUGAGGAUAAGGAUGAAGAAGAUGCCGACAUUCCACCCAUUCGCUACGUUUUGAGUCAAGCAUAAGUCGAACAGUUUUGAUUGGCAAUGUUGUGAUUUGUCCCGAAAAUAUUAAUCCUGUUAAUCCUGUUAUUUUCUCGAAUGCCCUCAUCUUAAAAUCAUGAAAUAAUAAAACUCCAAUGAUCAGUGAUGAACCUGGA